AGGUGGGAAGUUCAAGUUUCAGUGCGUGAACUGUGCGUAUCCAAAAGUGGUACCAGGCUGCAACCAAAGCCGCGGCUGAACUUGACAAAGCAAAUGCAAAUAUCGAAGAAAAUGGCCAACAAUUAUCCCACACGUCGUGGUCUCGUUUCCGUAUGUGCCCUAAUAUCUUCCUUUUUCUACUUCGAUGUGUCAGGUGCUCGCCUGCGCUUUGCGUCUACCGGGCUGACGCGGAAGCUGCACGCUGGGUCAGAUUGGUCUACAACUACCUCGAGCUCAGAAACCGCUUCACCAGAAGGGGAUGAACAUCCGCAAGAUCAAACAUACCAACACGACUGCUCCGCCUCGACAAGGAGCGCAGUCUCUGUUUCCACGGAACCCGUCAAACUACGAAGUAGAGGACAGCAUGAAACGCCUGGCUGCUCGUCGUCGAUGCAACAUAGAUCAACACCCUCGUGUUGGCGCCCCUUGUUCACGCCGGUUUAUUCGGGCCGUAGUCGGAAAAAGAGAAGUAGAUCGCCAGCUAGAAUUGGAACCUCCGACCAGCAGGCCACGCCUCCGUAUUGCAGCGUAGUUACGGAAGAUGAACCCCAAACAAGCGCUGGAGGACAGCACAUACAGAUACACAACGUCGAUCAUCUUCCGCACGACGCUGACAUGGGCAUUGCUACACCAAUUGCUCGGCCACGCCGAGAGGGUUUUCUCGGUCCUAGCGGCACUCCUGACACUGUACUGGAAAAAGAACUUCCAAGAACACCGGGCGAUGCACCGCCUGGUCUCGCUGCUGACAGAGGGAAAGUGCCCUUUUUGCACGACCAAGUGCAAGUAGAGGAUGAACAAAUAAACGACGCAGUCAGCAGUGCUGCUCAACGUCAGGAAGGGCAUGUUGAGCGACCACCGAAUGAUGACGAAGACGCAAUCAAUGUUGAAAAACAGCAGAACCCUCAACUUUCUCACUCUGACCUCCACCAAGCCAUCCGCAGUGCGGCGCUGGACAUCUUGCUAGAAAGAGGUUUCGGGAAGGAGCUGAAGCAGUGGGAACUGGUGUGCAAGGGAGAUGCUGAGCUGUUCCGGCCAUUUCGCUAUGCAUUGCAAAAGUAUCGUACUCGGAUAAAUGCAUUACAAAUUUCCUCAGAAUGAGAAAUCAAAUUUGUGACGCGGAUUUACCUUAAGCAAAAGAUUUGUAAUGCGUGAUUGCAAUUACUACGAGUGCGAUACUUUUGCAGAUGAUAUUCGCCGCGAAUACGAGGAACUGCUGUUCCAGCAGUGGCGGCACCUCCGCCUGGUAAGCAUCUGCAGCCAAGCCAACCGGUCGGAGAGAAAUCUGGACACCGAUUUGUUCAAGGAUGCGACGACUUUGGCUCCGCGAGGUGGGGGAGGGCAAAGUAGAGCAACAUCGUCAUCAGGAAGUACUACUUAUUGUGAACAAAAUCCAAACGCUCGCUACGCAAAAGAUCUCGCCAAGGCUCUGUUUGUCGACGCGUCUUCACUAUGGCAUGGGGGUGAGCAAGACCAAUCAGAAGAUGAGGAGCAGGAGAACCAGUUCUACCGGAGCCUGGACGUGCUUCAUCCCGAGGGCCUCCCGGGCGAGAGGACAAAUGUUGGCGCGAGGACAUGGGGAACAACAACACCAAGCGCGACCGCGGGACAUCAACAAGGGGGUGCGAGAACCAUCCUAGCAGCUCCAGAAGCAACUUCGGUAAGCGCACCGAACCCGCCUGCUUCUACGGGGAACCAACUUGACCUUGUUGCGUCAUCCGCUUCACCCCCUGCGCCAGCAAGAAACCGAAGAAGCUCUGGUUCUUCCACCGCAGUGGCAAAACGACCGCCUCCGGUCCUGAAGUCGGUCGAGCAACUGUGGCACCAGGGGUCGAGCCACUUCCGGAAGAAGCUGUCGUGGAAACUGCAAGAAUGGAGUAUCAAAUGCAAAAGUGUCUCGGUCUGGAAGGCGGCAACUUGUCAUGGUAAAUCUGAAGCAUGCAAAAAUAUGUCUUGCAUGAGAGCGAAAAAGCGGUCCACUUUUGACCAAGUUGGAAGGGAGUUUCUCAUGCAGCAUAGGCAUGGCAAAGACCUCGGAGAGUCUGUCAUGCUAAGUCCCGCAUUCCAGAACCAGACCUCAUGGCCAUGCCCACGGGUCAUGGAAAAUCUGCAUGACAAGUUUACACUUUUCCACACCGACACCCAGACAUUUUUGCAUUUCAUAUGGAGUUACAACGAGCAAUUUCCCCACUUACGGGCCUUCGCCUGCUGCGGCCUCGGGGACAUCUCGAACUUCGACUCGGAGGCGAAAGCGCGAGUGCGGGAGCUACUGGAGGAUCACGACGAGUGGAUCCGAACGCUGGCGAUAUCCCAACUGAUUCACGACCUGCACGCCUGCAAGAGUUUGGAGGAGGAGCGACGUCUGCGCAACGCCAUGCUGACGACACAAUUGCUGCAGGAGGGAGACAAGGAGGACCAGAUGACUCAUCAUGCGACGUCUACAGGCGCUGGCGCCGGGAGCGAAGUCGGCGGCAGCUCCAGUGCUUGCCCACCAGCAGUGGCAGCAGCGGCAAGCGGAACAACUCGUGCCACUGCCACCUCAACGACGACGCUGAGCGAAGCGAACGCCCUCGCUUCGCGACUCGGGCAGGCGAUGCGGAAAGAGAAAGCGGAGUACACGAGGCUGCUGAUGGCGGAGGCGCUGACCCGCGUACCGUGUGAGGAAGGGAAAAAAGCCUUGGUGAGCCAGCUGCGGGUUGAUCCCAGUAUGGAUGUGAAAGCGCUCUGUCGCGCGGGUCUGAAAAGGAUGGCCGAGCAGCAGGCGGAUGUUGAUAACGCCGGAAAGUCGAAACGGGUCGCGAACUCCUCAUGGCUCUGAUGGCGGGGUGAAGCGGAAUGAAAUUCGAUUCGCAAUCGCAGCAUAAUUUUGUUGAAAUUUUGCACACCUCCGUCACCGUCUAAUGAACACACGGCUCACAACACCAAAUGCAUCUGCAGUAUCUACUUAUACAGGCCAGUUAGCGAAACUCAAAUCUCCUUUGAAUGAACGCUAACGCACGACUCCUGCUAUCUCUCGAGGAGUUCGCAGAAGUUACAAAUUCUCAUGCUACUUUGUCUUCACUCUCAAGUAAAACAGGCUGAUGAGAGUUGUACAGAGGUGCCUAUCGAAGAUGAUUCUUCUUGUCGUCGCAGUACUUGUUGACUCGCAGUCGCAUGCAAGCCAAACAUUCUGUUUAUGG